CUUAGCCCUAAGCUGCCAAGUCAAAGACAAGACAAGCUGGCACACGGGACUGAACUGUCCUCAGCCUCACCGCAGCCUUCAGAAUCGAAAGGAAGAAUCUUUUACCGUGUAAUAAUACAUGUAGCUGUUUGCAGAAGACAAGGGGACAAUAUAAUUAUAAAAGGCAUUUAAAUAAUACUGAGGUUGACACAGCCACAUGUUAGUCAUCGGACAUAAAGAUAUGAAGCGCGAGUUCAUCGGGGUUGCCAGGUUUGGCCAGCCGGCUGACGUGAGAUUUUCAAUUCGAGACAAUGCACAUGCAUUUCCAUGUAUGUAACUGUUAUCGCCUUGUCAUUAAUCCAUAGGCUUGAAUACUCCCUAUGCGCAUUUGAUGUAGGCAAUCUUUAGUUUAUAGCGGGAUAAUAUAGAUUUACCAUAAGAUUUCUUGCAUGAGUCUGAAAGCGUGAGUGUCACGCUAGGUGCGUCAGUUUGCAGCCUUGGUUCAACCCUGGUUGCCUGGCUAGCAGCCAUUCUUAUCUCUACUUCUGUUAAUUGUUUGAAUUAAAUUUUGAGGAGGUUAAACCACAUCAAGUGAAAUGCAAAAUUCCAUCAACUAGGCAAGUAGCCUAUAUUGUGGUAAUUGUGAUUAAGUAAAAAAUGCACCAUAUUAACUUGGACACAAAUUGCUCAAAUAAUCACAUUUUGUCGGAUUACCGUGUUGAAAAUAUCACUCAGGGAAAACUUUUGGCCACUUAAAUAAUUGUGUGCGUGUGUUUAAUAGAUGUUGUAUAAAUGGAUUGCUAAGCGUAUCCAUUAGAGUUCAUCGGAGAGAAGUUUGAUUAAUUGCGCUGUACACUGCGCUGAAUGGGCCCUCCUCCUUAAGCGGUCAGCGUGGGGAAUUAAAUAAUGCAUUCCUGAGAAAAUCUCCUAGAGACAUUACAACUCAGAGGCUUUGGGACGAGAUUAGAAUAAGGCAGUAACUACAGUAACAGCAUUCAAUUUCACAUUUUGAGUAAAUUGUUAAUACUUAAUUAAUGCACUGGUUUUCCCCUUGUUACAUUACACGAGCCAGGCUUAUGUUACUAGUGAGUUAUAUAAAAUAGAUUUUUAAAUUCAGUUUGCUACGAUGAUCUUUGUUAACGAAGGAUAAUUGCGCAAAACUGAUAUUUAGGGGAUCUCCGAGAUAGUCCAUUAUCUCCCGUCGCUUUUAUUUUACUUUCUCUUGAUAGUGUGGAAAUGCUGAAGUUUGCGGCUUGUAUUUUCUUCCUCUCCGUGGUUGACUCGAGGUUAAUCCGAAAAAGGCAAACGCACUGCCCAGAGGUCUGCGACUCCUCUACCUGUCCUCCCAGCCCGGAGUCGUGCUAUUACGGCGUGGUGAAGGACCGCUGCGGCUGCUGCCAGGUCUGCGCGUCCGGAGAGGGCGACGUCUGUGGCGAUCGCGGAGCCGGGGUGUGCGGCGUGGGCAUGGUCUGCAGGUACUCUAAGAGCAGCAGGCGAAAGCACCGGGGAUCCUGCGUGUGCAGUUCCGAGGAACCCGUGUGCGGGAGCGACUGGAGGACAUACCCCAGUGUCUGCCGCCUGAGAGCCGAAAACAGGAGAGCUGACCUGAAGGGGACCCCCCGGGUGAUCCUGAUCCAGCGGGGGAGCUGCGACUCAGGACCACACAAUCCUGGAAGUAUGCGCUAUAAGUUCAACUUCAUCGCCGACGUGGUGGACAAGAUCGCCCCAGCGGUGGUCCAUUUGGAGCUGUUCCUUAGGAUGCCAUUCUCCAAGCAGGAGAUUCCAGUAUCCAGCGGCUCUGGGUUCAUUGUGUCCGAAGACGGCUGGAUCGUCACCAAUGCCCACGUCCUCUCCAAUAAACAGCGCAUCAGAGUGGGACUGAAAAGCGGCACUCAGUAUGAUGCCAGUGUCAAGGACGUGGACCAGAAGUUAGACAUAGCGCUCAUUAAAAUCGAGUCAGAUAAUCCCCUGCCAGUGCUGCUACUGGGCCGAUCAUCAGAUCUGCGGCCCGGAGAAUUCGUGGUUGCAGUGGGCAGCCCCUUCUCCCUGCAGAACACCGUCACGACGGGAAUCAUCAGCACCACACAGCGCGGAGGUCAUGAGCUGGGCCUCAAGGAUUCUGACAUGGAAUACAUCCAGACUGAUGCCAUCAUUAACUAUGGAAACUCAGGAGGUCCACUGGUUAACUUGGAUGGCGAAGUCAUCGGCAUUAACACGCUGAAGGUCACGGCAGGAAUAUCAUUCGCGAUUCCUUCGGACAGAAUACGGCAGUUCCUCGCAGAAUCAUACGACCGGCAAAUGAAAGGAAAAACACUCCCAAAGAAGAAGUACAUGGGAGUGAGAAUGCUUCAGCUCUCAGCUGGUUUGAUCAGAGAUCUGAAGGACCGCGACAGAGACUUUCCCGAUGUCAGCUCAGGUGUGUACGUCUAUGAGGUGAUCCCCGGAACAGCUGCAGCCAGCUCCGGCAUCAAGGACCGGGACGUGAUCGUCAGCAUCAACAGUGAGCUCAUCCAAACCACAGAGGAUGUCAGUCAGGCCGUCCAGUCCAGCGAAACGCUUUCUGUGGUGGUGCGGCGGUUGGACAAGGAAGUGACACUCACGGUGAUCCCUGAGGAAAUAGACUAGAAAUGACUCUAACCAGGUAUCCAAUAGAAUGUACCACCAAUCUCUAUCACACCUUCCACACUAUAAUGACAAAACCCUUGUAGGACCAUUCAUAGUGGGAGGCAAAACCAAUCCUUCCUCAAUGCUCAUUAUGAGAUACAAACAUUUUUCUAAGCAUAAACACUCUCAAGAAGUUCUACUUUGGUCAUUUUUGACCAGAACUUUAUUCAAAAUAUAAUUUCUAUGUGCCUAAAUGUCUUUUUGUCCUGAUAUACACACACAAAGCAGAAUCACAAAAACUUUAAAUAAUUAAAUGGUGGUGCCCAAAAACAAUAAAAAAAAAUAUAUAAUUUAAAUAUUCUCAAUGAGCAAGCACUUAGAGAAUAUGAGUAGCUGACAUAUAAAAAAUGGAUCAUGGACCUUUAAGAGAUCUUAUGUUCUGUCAUUAAACAAAUACACCAUAUUGAGGCUGGGCAAAUUCUACACCUCCCAUAUCAUCAAAUAAGUAAAGAUAAUUUAAAACACAUGGGGUUUUGCCUCUAGGACCCUCACACAACUGUGUAACAUUUCCAGCAAAUCUAAUGUUUUUAAAACACACACGUUCUAAAAGAAAGGUAGGACACAAUGAUCUAAUCUCAGAACCCCCAGGAGCACACUUUAAUAGAAUCAUCACAAAGCCCACACAGUGAACACUGAACUUUUACAUAUAUUUGUUUAUUCACACCAACAGUGUCACAUGUGAAUGUAUAAGCCCAACGAGUGCAGCACAUUUCAAACCAACGCUAUAAAAAAGGGAGAGAGAUCACUGCUUCGCAUAUCAUGCUGCCUCACACACAGACGGAUUCAGACAAAAUGAAAGCAUACAUUUUCAAAUCAAACCAGCAGGGUAGAGAUAUAUUGCUCUAAAAAGCAAUUCUGUGGAAUACCAAAAAAAAUAAUUUACACAAAUCCGGGGUGUCCGCGUUGUUUAUAAUCUGUAUAUAAUUAAUGCCAGGAGCAUUUCAUAGCACACGAUUACUGUACAAAGAUCUUACAAAGAGAAAUUUGUUGUGCAGACUUUGGGACAGUAUAUAUAGAACAAUAUUCCUUUAAUCCUCUUACAGGUCACCAGUGAUUAAAGGACAGAAUUUAAGUACAGUGUCUACCAAGGAGGUUAUUAAGAUACCUUUUAGAUCAUUAAAUCGAAUUUUUAAAUGAUACAGACCAACAAAUAUCCAAGUACAUUUACAGCCCAAAAAGCUGAUUGUGAACACUACAUUUCACUGCACAUUAAAUUUACAGAAUAUCCAAAGA